CUAAAGCCACAUAGAUUUUCAUAUUUUACAUGAUUGAAUCAAAAUUUCAAGUCAAAUAAAAAUUACUUUUCAAGAAUCAAUAUUUUCUCGAUUUAGCAAAUAAAAAUUUCAAGUCUUGUUUAAUGCUACAAAACCUGCAGAAUGACUCUAAUAGGCGCUAUUCUAAAGAAAGUCCAGUCCAAAGAUUCUGUGAACAAGUACCCAUCGCCGCCGCCCGAAAUUGAUGAAACUAUUCUAAAAAAGAAGAGGAAAAGACGUGUUGAUAAGUUUGCCCAUGUGAGACCGAGUGUAGACUCUUCCCCGCCGCUGUACGACGCUAGCAGAUUGCUUCGUAAGUUGCCGCAAUGGACGCGCCGUGCCAACCAGAUAUACUCCGACAACCUCCGGUUACUCGGCGAUAUUGCUAGAGCUCAUUUAUAUGGGGGUAAAGUGGACAGCCACUGGACGGUCAGACCAGCAGAAAACAGGCAGUAUUAUGAAAAUAGAAGAAAUACGUGUAAAUUGUUAAAACGGCAAAACAAACAAAUUCACAAGCGAAUUUUGGAAACUGAACCCCGUGUAAUACCAACAGCGUGGCUAGAAAGGGAUUGGCGGCGUAACAAGCAAGAAAUUUUACAUCGCGCGCGCAAGAAAUUCGUGUUGUUCCCCAUUUGUAGAACAGAAGUCAUGGAGGACCCAGCCUUUGCUGCCCCGCAUGGAAUUAACCGACCUCGGGUGUUCAUAACGCUGCGUAUGCGCAACGCCUCACUCCUGGGAACACUAGAAGCUGAACUGUUCACUGACGUAUGUCCUGAAACCUGCCGCCUGUUCCUGGAACUGCUGGACGGAGACGGACUGGGCUAUGGCUACGUGGGGACCCAAUUUUUCAGAAAAGUUCCCCAUCUAUUCUGGAGUGGCGGCGACGUGAUCUACAACAACGGGUUCGGCUGCUACGCGCAGAAGGGCCGCGCCAGACCCAUCCUGGCUGAGAACUAUCACUUCUCGCAUUCUAUGCCAGGAUUACUAUCGAUGCCUACUACAAAAGAUGAGGAACUGUGUGGAAUAUUCAACAUUACCUUCAAACCUUUGCCUCAGUUCGACCUGAAAAACGUCGUAUUCGGCAGGAUCGUCCGCCCAUGUCCAACCUAUGACGUCAUCAGUACCCUGGGCAACCCUCUCAGCACCUACCCAGUCAUCGAAAUAGUGGCUGCGAGGCGAAGAGCCGACUACCACUGAGCCUCUGGCAUUUUCGAAACUCUGUACCAGCGUCAGUCAAUCAGUGUUUCGCUACUCAGUGGUCAACACUAGUUUGACAAGGCUCUUUUGGCGCGUGGCCAAAAUCGGAACUAACGCCGCACUUUGACUUUUCUUAGACUUAAG